CAUUAAAAGGCGCUAUCACUAUAUAACUCCAUAGCUACGCCGGAGAGUGUGGCCAGACAUGACCUAGUCAGUCACAUCAAUUGAACUGUGUUUUCGCAAUUAACAAAGUCUAAGAUCAUGCCUGGUCUUCAAUUCCCUACAAAGCAAUUCUACCUCCUUGGUGAGGAAAUCUCAUCUGCAAAGGAACUGGACCUAGACCCUUCGUUGAAUAUCGAUGGACUCCAACACUUAAUCGCGGCUCACUUCGCUAUUGUUGAACCGACAGGAAUUGGUUUUCAGACAAAAGAUUCCACCCUCGCGGAUAUCGCCGAUAUUAUCGCCUCUGACGGCCCAGUCGCAAUAACAAUCGAUGGGCAUGCGGUUAGAGAACCCCCGGGCCCGAAGGGUCUACCGUUCGUGGGAAACUUCUUGCAAGUGUACCCGGACCACCUGGGUAACCAUCAGCGUCUGUUCGAACAAUACGGACCGGUCAUCAAGACGAAUAACAUGGGCCGUGUUACUUAUCAGACAAAUGACCCGACAAUCUCCGCGAUCGCUUUAUCGGAGAGCGACUUCUUUACCAAGGGCAUCAAUGAAGCGCAUCCUCUCUUCGGCCUGAAGACGCCAGAGGCUGGAAUCUUCCUCGGUGAUACCGAUACGCCGGAGUGGAGAGUUGCCCAUAAAUUUAUACCACCCGCUCUCGGGCCUAAGGCUGUCCGUCAUUAUGCGCCCACUAUGCAGAAGACGGUUGAAGAUUCUUUCAAGGUCUUUGACGCGCUUGACGAACAGGGUGAAGCUUGGAACGUCUACCAGUACAUGUUGAAGCUCGGCUCGCAGGCUGUCGGCAAGCUUACGCUGGGCAUAGAUUUCAACCACUUUACGCACCCAGAUGCGCCACUUCAUGAAAUGGUCCAUCUGAUUGCUGAGCUAUUAUCUCUGAAUAAAAAGGUCACCUCAAAGGGUGACUGGUAUGCCGCUUUGCCUUUUGGUGACCCGAAACGACUUAGGGCUACCAAGCGGCGCAUUGAGGAAAUGGUGGAUGAUUCAAUUCGAAAAGCUGCGAGUGGCGGAGUAGAAGACCUUCCCUUACAAGAGGCUGCAUUGCUAGCUGCAAACAUGGUCGACUACGCGAUACGUGCCACGGACAACAAAGGCGAAAAGCUUCCCAAGGAGAGCUUAGUCUGGGCCCUUACAGUUGCGACUGGUGCGGGUUUUACAACAACUAGCUCUCUCCUCUCAUGGCUUAUCUACGGUCUUACUACCUAUCCUGGGAUGCAGGAACGCCUUCUCCAGGAACUCAUCGACAACGAUAUUGAUGAGAACACUGAGAUCACCGCUGAUGUUACCGACCGUUUAAGCUUCUUAGACAAAUACAUCAAAGAGACACAGCGUCGUCACAACCCCUCCUACCAGCCAGGACGAACUGCAAAAGUCGAUCUUGUUCUUCCAGGAGGCUACAAAUUGGCCAAAGACUCGAUUUUGAUUCCAGCGCUACAUCACAUCCAUAACAACCCCCAACACUGGGACAACCCCGGCCGCUUCGAUCCGGACCGAUGGGACACUCCUGCAGUCAAGAACAGACACAAGGCUGCUUAUAUACCAUUUGCAACGGGACAACGUAUGUGCAUAGGAUUCAACUUUGCACUGCAGGAGAUCAAGGUCUUCCUUCCGAAGCUCGUAUACCGGUACAAGUUUACUCGAGAAGGGGAUGGCAUUAUUGAGUAUGAUCCCAUGUUCCAGCUCAUCAGACCGAACAAUCUCUAUGUACGUGCAGAGAGAAGAGUCAAGUGGCCGCCGAAGAGUAACGCUGCGGUUGGAAAGACUCUUUCCUGA